GCUUCUCGAUUCUGGGCCGUCAUCAUCGGAAUUGACGAUUAUAAAGAGAUAAAAUCACUGGACUGUUGCGUGGCAAACGCGGAAUCAUUUCAGGAGUACCUAGUUGCCGACCUAGGCGUACGUAUCCAGCUUCUUCUCGAAUCCAAGGAGUAUGAUUCCCCUGGCAAUCCAAAGUACCUUUCCCGCACCCAUAUCAUUGACGCACUUCUCAGUCUCAUCGACAAUCACGAGAUCGAGAAAGGCGAUAAUACUAUAAUUUACUACGCUGGUCACAGCUCUUCCUAUAAAUGUUCGGACUACGAGAUGCCAGACGCGAAAUUCAGUCCCGGAAAUAUAGGAUACAUCGAGGCACUUUGUCCCAUCGAUCGCGACACCCACGGUAAAGCCGUACCGGACAUUAGCGACCGGACACUGAACACUGUCCUGACGUUGAUUUCCCGAGCGAAGGGUCACCACAUCACCGUCAUUCUCGAUUGU